AUGUCCGAGUCACACCCGAAUGCUCAAAAGCUGCUCGGCAGAGCACAAGAAUUCUUCAACGAGGUCCAAGACCUAACCCCCGGCCAAGAGCUCGAAAAAUUCCUCAACAAAAACUACGGUCCCGGCACACCCUACUACAACGACUUCAGCCAGCUCGCCCGCCAAGGCCUCACCGAAGGCUGGGCGGCAAACAUCGAGCUCGACGGUCCCAAAUACCGGCGCAGUCGCAUCUUCGCGCCGUGCGAAGAAACGCGCUAUUUCAGCAUCACCGCGGUCUACAUGGACAGCCAGGAGGUCUUCCGCGGACAGUACCAUGCGCAUCCGUACGGCGAGAUCAACGUCGUGAUCCCGCUGGACGAGACCGCUGAGAUCAUGGGCAUGGCGGGAUGGAUGGGCGCCGGGUGGACGUCGCCCGGGCCGGGGACGCACCAUUAUCCUGAGGUGAGGGGUGGUGCGCUGGUGGCAUUGUUCUUUUUGCCGGCUGGGAGGAUCUCUUAUAAGGCGACGCCGGGGAUGCCGCAGCCUGCUUAUGUUUGA